AUGUAUGUGGUGAAGCGUGACGGAAGGCAGGAAACUGUUCAUUUCGAUAAGAUUACUGCCCGGCUUAAGAAGCUUAGCUAUGGGCUUAGCAGUGACCACUGUGACCCUGUCCUCGUUGCUCAGAAGGUCUGUGCUGGUGUCUACAAGGGAGUCACCACAAGUCAACUCGAUGAGUUGGCUUCUGAGACUGCUGCUGCUAUGACCUGUAACCAUCCUGAUUAUGCAUCUCUUGCUGCUAGGAUUGCUGUCUCAAAUCUUCACAAGAACACUAAGAAAUCGUUUUCUGAGACGGUUAAGGACAUGUUCAAUCAUGUCAGUGAGAGAUCUGGACUAAAGUCUCCGUUAAUAGCUGAUGAUGUGUUUGACAUAAUUAUGCAGAACGCUGCUCGUCUGGACAGUGAAAUAAUCUAUGAUCGUGAUUUUGAAUACGAUUUCUUUGGAUUUAAAACUCUUGAGAGAUCAUACCUCUUAAGAGUCGAAGGGAAAGUUGUUGAAAGGCCUCAACACAUGCUGAUGAGGGUAGCUGUUGGCAUUCACAAGGAUGAUAUUGAUUCCGCGAUCCAAACUUACCAUUUGAUGUCUCAGAGAUGGUUCACUCAUGCAUCUCCUACACUCUUCAAUGCAGGAACGCCAAGGCCUCAAUUAAGCAGCUGCUUUCUGGUGUGCAUGAAAGAUGAUAGCAUUGACGGCAUAUAUGAAACACUCAAAGAGUGUGCUGUUAUAAGCAAAUCUGCUGGGGGUAUUGGUGUUUCAAUUCACAAUAUUCGUGCAACUGGAAGUUACAUUCGUGGCACAAAUGGAACAUCUAAUGGUAUUGUUCCAAUGCUGCGUGUAUUCAAUGAUACUGCUCGUUAUGUUGAUCAAGGAGGAGGCAAGAGAAAGGGAGCCUUUGCUGUAUACCUGGAGCCAUGGCAUGCUGAUGUCUUUGAGUUUCUAGAGCUGCGUAAGAACCAUGGGAAGGAAGAACACAGGGCUAGAGACUUGUUUUAUGCUCUCUGGGUUCCAGAUCUCUUCAUGGAGAGGGUCCAGAGCGAUGGGAAGUGGUCACUGUUUUGUCCAAACGAAGCUCCGGGUUUGGCAGAUUGCUGGGGCGCUGAAUUUGAGACACUGUACACGAAGUAUGAAAGAGAGGGCAAAGCCAAGAAGGUUGUUCAGGCGCAGCAGCUUUGGUAUGAAAUAUUGACAUCCCAGGUAGAAACAGGAACACCAUACAUGCUUUUCAAGGACAUCCCGUUAGACUCUCAUCCAUCUAAGCUUGCUGGCAGUCUGGGCUCAAAGAAUCGUUACUUUGAUUUUGACAAGUGA